AACCACCACAACUGGGGCACCAACAACCACAAAAGCCAAUCCAACCACAACAGUUGCGGCUCCAACACCAACAACUGCAGGACCAUCCACAACAACUGCGGGACAAUCCACAAUAGCAGAACCAACCACAACAACUGUGGGACAUGCAACCACAACAGGUGCACCACUCACAACCACUGCGGCACCAACAACAACGACAACUGCAGCUUCAACCACAACAGUUGCGGCUCCAACAACAAAUGCUGCGGCACCAUCCACGACAGCCAAACACAGCAACACCACUGUGGCACCAACGACAACAACAGCAAGUACAACCACAGCAAAUGUGGCUGCGACUACGAAAGCUGCAGGAGAAUCCACGACAGCUGAACUGUCCACAACCACUGCCGCAUCAACAAUCAUUACAACUGCGGCUCCGACAACAACAGUUGCAGCUCAAACAACGACAACUGCUGGACCAUCCACGACAGCCGAACCAAGCACCACCACUGUGGCACCAACAGUCACAACAGUUGCUCCAACCACAGCAGUUGUGGCAACUGCUGGACCAUCCACGACAGCCGAACCAAGCACCACCACUGCGGCAUCAACAACAACGACAACUGCGGCUUCAACCACAACAUUUGCAACUCCAACAACGACUGCAGCUGGACCAUCCACUACAGAAGCACCAACAACCACCGCUGCAACAACAACAACAACAAACUCUGCUCCAAACACAACAGCUGCCACUUCAACAACAACAACAACAACUGCUGGACAAUCUACUACAGCAGCACCAACCACCACAACUGGGGCACCAACAACCACAAAAGCCAAUCCAACCACAACAGUUGCGGCUCCAACACCAACAACUGCAGGACCAUCCACAACAACUGCGGGACAAUCCACAACAGGUGCACCACUCACAACCACUGCGGCACCAACAACAACGACAACUGCAGCUUCAACCACAACAGUUGCGGCUCCAACAACAAAUGCUGCGGCACCAUCCACGGAGUGGAACAGCCAAACACAGCAACACCACUGUGGCACCAACGACAACAACAAACUGCGACUCCAACCACAACGGUUGCGGCUCCAACAACAACAACUGCAGGACCAUCCACAACAACUGCGGGACAAUCCACGAUAGCAGGACCAACCACAACAACUGUGGGACAAACAACCACAACAGGUGCACCACUCACAACCACUGCGGCAUCAACAACAACGACAACUGCGGCUCCAACCACAACAUUUGCGACUCCAACAACGACUGCAGCUGGACCAUCCACUACAGAAGCACCAACAACCACCGCUGCAGCACCAACAACCACCGCUGCAGCACCAACAACCAUAAACUCUGCUCCAAACACAACAGCUGCCACUUCAACAACAACAACUACUGCUGGACCAUCUACUACAGCAGCAUCAACAACCACCACUGCAACACCAACCAGAACCACUGCGACAUCAACAACCACAACAACUUCGGCUUCCACCACAACAGUUGCUGCUCCAACAACGACAACUGCAGGACCAUUCACAACAGCAGCAACCACAACAGCUGCCACUUCAACAACAACCGUUCCAACCACGACAACAGCUGUACCGACCCCGACCACUGCCACACCAAAGACCACAACAGCCGCUGGAGCCCUUCAGUGUCACACCUGCAUAGAUCAGAUGUGUUCAAGCACAGCACUAAAAACAUGUUCUUCAGAGACGAUGUGUAUUACAGCUACUAUUUUAGCUUCCUCAUCUGGAACUACGGCAAUGCAAAUCUACAAGGCAUGUGCAUCUUCCUCCCUGUGUCCAGCUACGGGCUCUCAGACAUUUUCAGUUAACUUGGGUAAUCAAAGUGCUCUUGCAUCUGCCACGUGCUGCAAAACAGAUAGCUGCAACUCAAAAACUCUGGCUGCCCCUAAUCCUCAGUCACAUAAUGGCCGACUAUGUAACGUUUGUUCCACCCCUCUGUGCAACACUCCAUUACAGUGUCAGGGAGUGGAAGACCAGUGCAUUCAAUCC